GGAAAACUUUUAACUCUGUUUAUUUCUAAAUAUAAAAAAUAUUUUGCAAAAUAUCGGUGUGUCGUUGAUAAAGUAGGGGAUCUGUUGCUUUAUUUAUCAUCUUUCGACACAGAGAGACAUAACCUGACGUAACCUCAAUGUGAUCAGUUUGAUCACACGCAGUUAACGCAGUGUGCCUCGUAAAUGUCUUAUAUCUUGAUGAUCAUGACAAAUCGAUUAAUUAACGAAGCGUAACUCACGUUGAUUAGUGAAGAACGUCUACGGGAAAUUUCCUGCGAAAAUCGGAAAUGUCCAUUCCAUUUCUGCAUAUCAGCCGGUCGUUGACGACUGCCGCGAGGUCCAAGCGGCGUGUCGUCGUGACCGGGAUGGGGAUUGUCUCGCCUUUGGGAGUCGGGACGCGAAACGCUUGGGAGGCUCUCGUCAACUCCCAGUGCGGAAUUACGAAACUUUCCGAGCCGGACUACGACAAGCUACCGUGUAAAGUAGCUGCAUUGGUGCCGAAAGGAAACUCCGCUCACGAACUUAACAUCGACUCCCAUUUUACGAAGAGUGAGCUACGGACAAUAUGUCCUGCCACAGCAUAUGCGUUGAUAGCUUCGGAGGAGGCACUCGCGGACGCAGGAUGGAAGCCGACUGACGAGACUGAUAAACGCGACACCGGGGUCUCAGUAGGAAUCGGUAUGAUAGACCUAGUGGACGUGUGCAUGACGUACGAGGCAUUGAAAAAAGGCUAUAGUAAAGUCAGUCCAUACUUUGUGCCAAGGAUACUGCCGAAUAUGGCAGCUGGUCAGAUCAGCAUCAAGUACGGCUUUCGUGGGCCCAAUCAUGCAGUGUCGACCGCGUGCGCGACGGGCGCGCAUGCUAUCGGCGAUGCGUUCCGUUUCAUCCGCGGUGGCGAGACGAGCGUGAUGGUGUGCGGUGGAGCGGAGGCAUGUAUCAGUCCAUUGGCUAUAGCCGCGUUCUGCCGGUUACGCGCGCUAAGUACGUCGAAGAACGAAAUGCCCCGGGAGGCGUCGCGGCCCUUCGACCGGGAUCGCGACGGUUUCGUCAUGGGCGAGGGUGCCGCGAUCCUGGUCCUGGAGGAGUUGAAUCACGCGCUCGCCCGCGACGCGUCCAUCUACGCAGAGGUGCUGGGCUACGGCCUGUCCGGCGACGCGUCACACAUCACGGCGCCUAGCGAGGAUGGCACCGGCGCGCUGUUGGCGAUGGACCGAACGUUGAAGGACGCCGGCAUCGAGACCGCGGAGAUAACGCACGUGAACGCACACGCCACGUCUACGCCGCUAGGCGAUGGGAUCGAGGUGAAGGCGAUCGAGUCGCUGAUGGGCGAGCACAGCAGGAACGUGACGGUGACGAGCACGAAGGGAGCACACGGUCAUCUGCUGGGUGCCGCCGGUAACCUGGAAGCUGCCUUCACGAUCUUAGCGAUCAAGGAGGGCAUCGUACCGCCUACCUUGAAUUUACACAACUUGGAUACAGAGACACGUCUGAGAUUUGCGCCGCACACGAAAGUGAAGUGGAACGCGACGUCGCGUCGGACAGCUCUGAAAAACGCAUUUGGAUUCGGUGGUACGAACGCAUGCUUGUGCUUCACCCAAUACGUCUGAUUAAGUCUGACAGAAACCUCGUGUAUUCUGUUUCUUUGGCAAGAGAAUAUUACAUAAUCGCAUUUUAAAAUGUCUGCAAAAGAAUUUCAAUAAUAACUUUUGAAAGUUGGAGAACGAAAGUUAUUUUAGCAGAUAAAAAGAUUUUUACAAUAUUAUAUCAUGUAUAAUAACUUAGAAAAGAUAAAGCAUGCGUCUCCGUAAAAACCCGAAUGUUUAAGAAAACAAUGUCAGUUAACUAAGUUUACAAUUACAACGUAAUGCUGAUAGAAUUAAUUACUAGUCACUCCUUGAAACAUUGACUAAAGUGAAGAAAAUAUUCAAGGACCAACAUAUAAUAAUUCUAGAAAGCAAAUGAAUAUCUUAUGACUAUAUAGACUUUUUGACUUUUUUUAAGUUGAUAGAAAAGGAAACGUUUCUGUAAAUACACUCUGAUAUGUACAUAUGUAUAAAAACGAUAAAAUUCAAGAAAAGUAAAUCUGAUGACGAAUUAAAUUUUACACAAUUGAUUACCAGUGGAUAGCGGCUUAAAUAUUUUUAAUAACUCUUAUGCAACAUACAAUAUAUGCGUACGAUUUACGACAAUAAUUCUUUUUAUAGAAUAUUUUUACAGUGCGUGUGUAAUGAAGGUUACACAAAGAGGAAUAAUAAAAUAUAUGUAUAUAUAU